UCGUGAUAAUAAAGUUUUCACUCACUUCACUCUCUUUUAGUCGCUCUCUACUUAUCAUAUUCAACUUUUUCACUCCUUCAAUACUUCGUUACUUCAAUCAUUCAAUUCUGAAAUAUUAUCUUUUCUAGAGUCUGGAUACUCUUAUUGUACAUACCAUACAUUCAUUCAUUCACUCAUUCAUACACUCAUUCCCACAAUCCCUUCCACCUUCCUCCUUCCCUCCCUCCUCCCCUCCACCAUAAACCACCCACCCACAACCAUGGUCCUCACAACCUCCAUCCUCCUCCCCCUCUACCUCUAUCCCACCCCCGGGGCCUGGACCUGGGUCACCAACGCCAUCACAUCCUACCCCUCCCUCCCAUUCACCAUAAUCAUCAACCCAAGUUCCGGUCCUGGAGCUAUCCAUCAAUAUCCAGAAAAUGGUUAUAUAUCCGGUAUCGCAAAUUUGACACAGUUUGAUAAUGUGAAAUUGUUGGGGUAUGUGGAUACGAAAUAUAUGGGGAAGAGUGUGGAGGAUGUUGAUAAGGAGGUUGAGACGUGUGAGUAUCCUAUAUUUAGAGUAAUCUAUGAUUUUCUUGCAAGUUUGCAAGUUUGCAACUGAGUAAGUAAGUGAUGAAGUUAUUGAUACUAACAACGAAAUGCCAGAUAAAUACUGGUCCACCUACACCUCAAACAACAUCUCCCUCAACAUCGACGGAAUAUUCUUCGACGACGCAAUAAGCACUUGGACAACCCAAUCCUCAAACUACAUGAGCACCAUCGCCUCAAACGCACACGCAAUGAACCUAACCGUAACAUUCAACCCCGGCACACCAGCCUCGGCCGAAUUCUUCAACAUAGCAGAUACUAUAAUCAUGAUCGAAGAUUCCUAUUCCAUGUAUACAUCUUCUUCUUCAUCAUCUUUAUCUUCUUCUAGUAAAGGAAAAGGAAAGGAUUCCAUAAAAACAAUUACUUCCACGAAACAGCAGGAAAAGAGCUCGGUGAUAUUAUAUGAUUUUGACGGAUCAGCUGAGAAGCAGAGUGAGAUUGUAAAGGAGAUUGUGGGAGCGGGGAUCAAGGAGGUUUAUGUUACUACGGGGCAGUAUGAGGUGGUUAGUGGAUUGUGGAUGGAGUUUGUGGAGGCGGUUAGUAGGGCUGUGGGGUAUUAGGAUUUGGAUUUGGAUUUGGAUUUGAUGGGUGAGAUGGUGAGUUUGGGGUAGAAGGAGGUUGGUUUGAGGAUUUAGCUGGACUAAAUAGAUGGAUGGAUUUGGGAUCCGGAGAUGCAUGGGCUCUGGGAACUUUUCUUCUUCUUCUCCUUCUUGUUUUUAGUUUUUUUUUCUUGCGAGCCUGUGGCUUUUUUAGAUAGAUAUGGAUUGAUUGAUUGAUUGAUUGAUUCAUUAGUUUUGUAUACGUGUAGUUGAUCUACACACACACUCACACAUAU